AGAUCGCCCAAGCGCACCACAAAACGCCUCAAUGAUUGUGAUGAAAAAUAAGAAGAUACAUAUUUCUGUGUAAUUUGUGUGUCUUUCAUCAGCUCUUAGGUGCAAUGGUUCUGCAAGUUCAAUCAGCAUCCUGACAUUGUUCUUCCAUCUGAAUUGCUCGGCAAAAUGUCAACAAACGAUCCAUCGGCUAGUCGCAUCCCUGGUCAGUUAAAGCGGUCUCCUGAAAAGCUCAGCAAGCACUUCAGACACAGCGACUCUGGGUCAGAAUCGGAUGGAGAAAGUGAGGACAAUCGUUCAACAACUGCGGUCACUGACCCUGCGCGACCUCCAGAUGGCCUUACUGCUUCCCAGAAGAUCCCCACUCCCACAAAACGGCGCGAUGGCAAGGGCCGUAAAUCACGGUCCCGAAGAAAUGAGUGGGAGAUAAUGGAGGGACUUAGGGAUGGUCAGAAGUGUGACACCCUGCCGGACAAGCACCAGGGUUAUCUUUCAAAGCGAAAACGAUGGCCCAUGAAAGGCUGGCACAAGCGAUACUUCCUCCUUGAGAAGGGAAUUCUCUACUACAGCAAAUCGCCAAGUGAUAUUCAGAAGGGGAAAUACCAUGGAGUCAUUGACAUUGGCCUAUCUGUUCUUGCAUUCAAGAGGAAUCGUCAUCGAAUAGAUAUUGAUGCUGAAGAGUUGGUCUACCAUAUCAAGUUGAAGAGGGCCCUGUUUGAUGAUUGGCUGACCCGUCUACGUCUGCACCGCCUCUAUAGGCAGCAUGAGAUUGCGUACGGUACUAAGGAAUCGCCUAAACUCACCGAACUGAAUCCUACAAUGCCUGCUGAUGAGCUGGUUAAUCUUACCUCCAAUGUCAACCUGGCAGAUAAAGCUCGUGAUAAUUCCCUGCACCGUGAACUCUCGAGGCACCCAAGCUUGAAGGGUCAGGACAGGGUGGCCGCCUGGCUCCUGGACACUCAGGGAUUUGAACACUGUAACAAAGCCUUAGGUCAAGCUCAGAGUCUGCUGUAUGAGCUCAACAAGAACCUGACCUCUCUACGGGAUUCCCAAGUAAGCAGCGAUCCGUUUGAUAGUGAUUCGAAAGAUUCAAAAGAUAAAAGCAAGAACAAGAGUUUCAGUGGGUGGAAACCCAAGAAGAAGGACCAUAAGCGUAACUCCAGUCUCCAGGACGACCGUAUACCCACCACUGUGGUUCAGCCAUUUGCAUCCCAACCGGCCACGCCCCAGAUACAGGUGGACCCCCCGUCCCCAUUCCACCGGGUGCCCAACGAUCUGCUUCGCUCAAGUUCAUCCAACCCAAACCUCCACUCAGAUGACCGGCACUGUCCCAGCCCAGUCAGCGCGCCUAUCAAGAACACAAGUGUUAAGCGGCAGGCGAGUGUCGAGGAUAUGAAGCUGAAGGAGACAUUUGUGGCGAAUGCUGAACAAGUUUAUGAAACGUUGCGCAAUCUCUUCCAUUCAAUGUCCACUGAGAGGGACAGGCUAAAACAGACGGUGGACUUGAACAACAUAACCACUGUAGCAAAUAGCACUUCAACCUCCAACGCGGCCGUAGCUUCUCUCAAACAGACCCUUGCUGAGGUAUGCCAACAAAACAAGCUGUUGAAGGCCCGCCUCGCCCUCAUUCACAGCGAGUCAGCACUGGCUGACCUUCACCUUUCCAGCCCUCCAGGCAGCCCCAUGGAGCGCAGGUUGGCUGGUUUGACUCAAUCAUUCUCUGCUGAGAGCUGCACAAUGUCAGAGUACUACGACGCUGUGGAGGAAAAUAACCUGGAGUCACUCAGUGAUUCAUCAUCAGAGAGAUCCGAUGAGGAGAUAUCUUCAGAGAUCAGUGAUGACAACGACACAGAGAUGAGCAUAGCACACAGCGCUUCAGAGGACCGCAUCUUGUCGUUCCAGACCGGGCGCCGGUCUAAGUUGCCGGUUCCCAAGUCAGACAAGGGAGACGUGUCCCUGUGGAAUCUGCUGUUCAGGAACAUCGGCAAGGACCUCACCAAGAUAUCUAUGCCCGUCACACUGAACGAGCCCCUGAGUAUGCUGCAGAGACUAUGUGAGGAGCUGGAAUACAGUGAUCUGCUGGAUAAGGCUAACCUGUGUGAAGAUCCCUUUGAUAGAAUGAUGUAUGUGGCAGCCUUUGCUGUGAGCAGCUAUGCCAGCUCAUGUUACCGUGUGGGCCAUAAACCUUUCAACCCCCUGCUGGGAGAAACCUACGAGAGUAUACGGGAGGAUAGGGGCUGGAAGUUCAUCUCUGAACAGGUGAGCCACCAUCCGCCAAUAUCAGCCUGCUACUGUGAGUCCAAGAACUUCACUCUAUGGCAAGAUGUGCAGAUCAAGUCCAAAUUCUGGGGUAAAUCAAUGGAGAUCCAACCAAUAGGCAUUGUGAAUGUAACCUUGCCAAAGUCUAAGGAUCACUACCGCUGGAACAAGGUCACCACAUGUGUUCACAACAUUCUGGGAGGUCAGCGCUGGGUGGAUCAGUUUGGGGAGAUGACCAUCACCAACGGGAAAAUUGUCUGCAAAUUGACCUUCACCAAGGCGAGCCACUACUACCAGUCAGACAAGCGCCAUGAGGUGUAUGGUACGAUAGAGAAUGGCGAGGGCAAGGUGGUACACAACCUGUUCGGGCGCUGGAACGAGGCUCUGUACUGUGGACACGCCCCCUCUGCUCGUUGCAUAUGGAGACCAGGGACGAUGCCUGAAGAUUAUGAGCUUUACUAUGGUUUCUCCCGGUUUGCUAUGGAGCUCAACGAAAUUCUACCGGACGAGGAGUCGUUUCUACCUCAUACAGAUUCCCGCUUCAGGCCGGACCAGAGGUUACUGGAGGAAGGAUGCAUUCCAGAGGCAGAGAAAGAGAAGUCUCGUAUUGAGGGCCUGCAGAGAGAGCGCAGGAAACAGCGGGAAUCUCAGAGACUGGAGUACAGGCCAGUCUGGUUCAGGCACGAAGUUCUCGGUGGUAAAGAUGCAUACAACUAUGACAACAAAUACUGGGAGACCCGUAAAGAGCACGCGUUCGAGAAAAUGGCCAUUCCUAAACUUUGGUAGCAACAGCUUGGACUGUGAUUAAUUAGGUUACAAGAAAACUGUUAAUCUUACAAAAAUCUGGGCUUCACCAUGGUGAUUUUAGGCAUAUUUGGGUAAAUUUUAAUGAAGCAUAUAUUGUUAGCAUAAACAUGUGUGCUAACUAAUUAUCCCUCGCCAGAGGCGGAGGGAUAUUGUUUUGGCGUUGUCCGUCCGUCCCUCCGUCCGUCUUUUCGUCAGUCUGUUCGGACCCAUAUCUUGAAAGUGCUUUGGCGGAUUUCAUUGAAAUAUAGUAUGAGUAUAUAUAUGGAUAAGAGAAUGAUGCACGCCAAAUGACAUCGUACACCAUCUGUUUAUAAUGGAGUUAUGGCCCUUUGUAUUUUGAAAAAAUGCUUUUUUGUGUGUCCCGAGCCAUAUCUUGGAAGUGCUUUGGCGGAUUUCAUUGAAACUUGGUAUGGGUAUGUAUAUCAAUAAGAGGAAGAUGCAUUCCAAAUGGCAUUGUACACCAUCCGUUAAUAGCAGAGUUAUUGCCCUUUGUAUCUUGAAAAAAAUGCUUUUUUGAGUGUCAAAUAUACACUUUUGUGUCUAGAAGCAUAUUGGCGGGGGAUAUCAACUCAACAAAUUUGCUUUUUUCAGUAGUUUUAGUAACUUUAUUCAUAACUUUGGCAUUUUCUGUACAUCUUGAUUUUCAGAAACAUGGCAAUAAUACAGUUUGAAUGUAAAUAAUAAAAUUUCCAACAAUUAAAAUAAGUAAUUUUAUUGAUGUAUAUUUGAUAAAUUAUGUAAUAUCAAGUUAUAACGUAAAUAAUAUAAUGUUGUGAUAAUUAAAUGUAUGUAAUGUUCACAGAUUUCUUUAGUGUUUGUUUAUUUCAAUGAAUGUUUUGCGUGUUCAUUGUCUUCUAUGUUUAACUACAAGAGGUAUUGUCACAAAUGUUAUGUUAAGUUUAUAUUUUGUCACCAUCAAUGGCAAGCUCAACAUAUCACCAAUGUUGACAUUACAUGUGCUUUUACAAUGGCAUUAUCUAUGGUGUUACAUGAAAUGUCUGUGUUGUUUGUUCCUCAAUGUGUGAAUAUUACAUGUUCAAGAUUGAUUGGAAUUUCAGAAUUUCAUUUGAUAACAGUCCCUUUAACUUACAGGAGUCCUAAUAACCGAUUUAGGCAUGUGUGAUUUGCAUACUAAUUUUAGUUUACCUGAGCACAAAUUACUUAAUUUGAGCUAUUAUUAUCGCCCUAUGUCCGGCGUUGUUCGUGUUAUCAAGUUUUAACUUGUUAUUGCACAAGGGGCCACAUUUUUCAUCCAGUCUUGAUGAAACUUCCUCAGACUGUUUAUCUUAAAAAUAUCAAGGACGAGGUCAAAUCUUGGUCAGGUGUGUCAAUUAACAAGGUCACCAGGUCAUAUUUCAUAUACAAAAAACCUGUAAUAACUUCAUAGAGGCUGCAUUUAUGAUUCAAUCUGGAUGAAACAUGGUCAAAAUGUUUAUCUUCACAAUAUCAAGUUCAAAUCUGGAUGACAUGCAUUCCAAACUUAGGUCAUGAGGUCAAAUAUUAGAAAAACACUGUUGUCCCUUUAAAAGCUAGAUGUAUGACUCAUGUUGUCCCUUUAAAAGCUAGAUGUAUGACUCAAGCUAGAUGUAUGACUCGAGCUAGAUGUAUGACUCAAGCUAGAUGUAUGACUCAAGCUAGAUGUAUGACUCAAGCUAGAUGCAUGACUCAAGCUAGAUGUAUGACUCAUUCUUGAUGUAUCUUGCUCAGAAUGUUUAUCUUAACCAUUUUUUGGCCUGGUAUAAAUCUUGGCCACAUGCAUCAAGAAACUAAGUGACCAGGUCGAAUAUUGACAAAUUUGUCAUCCUCAAACUAAGUGACCAGGUCAAGUAUUGGCCAUUGAUCAUCCACAAACUAAGUGACCAGGUCAAGUAUUGACCAUUGGUCAUCCUCAAACUAAGUGACCAGGGAUGUAUUGACAAUUGGUCAUCCACAAACUAAGUGACCAGGUCGAAUAUUGACAAAUUUGUCAUCCUCAAACUAAGUGACCAGGUCAAGUAUUGACGAUUGGUCAUCCACAAACUAAGUGACCAGGUCAAGUAUUGACAAUUGGUCAUCCUCAAACUAAGUGACCAGGUCAAGUAUUGACAAUUAGUCAUCCUCAAACUAAGUGACAGGUCAAGUAUUGACAAUUGGUCAUCCUCAAACUAAGUUACCAUGUCAAGUAUUGACAAUUGGUCAUCCUCAAGCUAAGUGACCUUAGUGACAGGUCAAGUAUUGACAAUUGGUCAUCCUCAAACUAAGUGACCAGGUCAAUAUCCUCAAACUCAGGUGAGCGUUUCAGGGCUAUGAUGGCCCUCUUGUUUUAUUUUUACUAAAUUAUUUAUAUUUAUUUUGAAUUAUAGUUUAUUUUGUUAUUCAUGUUUGAUACUACCCAAAAAUUAUUUGUUUAUUCUUGGUUACAUUUUCCUCCAUGGUACUGUUUGAAUGAUUAAAUAUGUUAGAUAUGUUAGAAUUAUUAAAUAUAAUAUUCCUGCAAAAAGUGGUGGGAAUUAUUUUAUUUCAUGAUUUCCGUUGUUUAAUGUGGAAUAUCAGUGAUUUAAAACUUGGCAUUCAUUGAUUCAAAAAUGGAAACAUAAACAUGAAAAUCCCAUAAUUGUCUACCCAAAAACAAAUAAAUGGUGUAUUUGUUUAUACAAUUUAUCUUAUAUUUUCUUAUAUUUGCUUUCAGAUUCUAAACUCGCAAAUUUAAUGUUGCCAUUUUUCUGUCAGUUUUUUUUAUGUGGCUUUACCAUUUAGAAACAAGAAUACAAUUAUUAAAUGAAAAAAGAAUAACAAAAAGAACUACAGGUUCCCUUGCAAGAAAAUUAUAAUCAGUGAGGUUAUUAAAAAUUAUAAUCGGGUUAUUUAAUCUUAAAAUCAGUAGGGUUUUUUUAAGUAAAAGACAACUACUCACAUGUAUUUAACGUAAAUGAUGUCAACUCAUAAUUAAAAGUUGUAAAAAACUGCAAUUUAACUCAUUAUUUCGACACUUAAAGGGAAGUAACUGCUACUCUUAUUUAUUGUGUCCCUUUAUUUGAUUUAUUACGUCCCUUUAAUUCAUAAAUGUAUACCGUUUUAAGUGUUCCGCUUUCUAUUCUGCUUUUUGGCAUAUUUUUUAUUUAAGAAUAACUAUUCAUCCCCUGUAUGGUAUUAUUUUUUACACGAAUCUUCAGAAAAUUAUCUUAUAAAAAAACUGUAUAAAUAAAACACCAUGCUCUUCUUUGUCGGUUCAAUCCCCGUUUAAGCCAAUGGCUUAACCGGUUAGCAUGAAAUCUUUAAAAGCGGAUUUGGAAUCCGUUUAUUGACUGCGAAAUAUGAGCAUCGGGUUCAAGAAACUGUAUCAAAUGCAUAUACGUGAGCGACUUACCAGAUUUGCCCUUGCUUUCCGCACAUUUUAAGCAUAGACGACACUUUUUGGCUAGAGCAGAUUUUGUUUAAAAAAAGAUAUUCUUUGAAAGAAAAAUUACAUCGAAUCAAAAAUUGUCAUCCUGAUUAGACUUCGCGGACUGCACAGGCUAAAUUGGGACGACACUUUCCGUACACGCAUUAAGUCCAGUUUCCAAGAACAGGGUGUAUAAUAAGGUUGUUAUAGUAAUAUGUUAUGUUAUUUACUUGUUAUAUAUUGUCGUAGUCCGUAUGUUAUGCACAUGUCUACAUGACACUUUUUAUGUACUUAACAAUGGCAGUAUUGGUUACAUGACAACGAAAAUAAUCCGGUACACCGAUACAAACAGUGAACUCAUGUAUAUUUUUAUGCCUCCGGAUCGAAUUGGAUAUUUUAAUUGGGAAAAAAUGGUCGGAAGUAAGCAAAAAGUGCUAUUCAUGUUGUAUAAAUACCAAUAAUUUUUUAAAAGUAUUCACUUUUAGACGGUAUGUCAGUGUUAAUUAGUCUAAUCAAUUUUUUUGACUGUAUUAACCCUUUCAGUGCGGGAACCGAAUUUUAAAGGCCUUUGCACACAGUUUGGAUCCAGAUGAGACGCCACAAAACGUGGCGUCUCAUCAGGAUCCAAACUGUUUGCUACUCUGAUAGUAUUCUUUGAAAAGAAAUCGAAGAAAAUGCUAAUUUUAGAAAUUCAGCAGACGACAUUUUAGCAGACGACAAAUUUCCCAGCAUGCAAAGGGUUAAAUAACUAUGCAUGUACCUGUAUUCUGUGCAAUAGAUUCUGUGCAAAAAGUGUAUGUUUAAUGAGAAUGCCAGAACUGUAGUAGUUGAAAUGUGAAAAACUACAAUAUUUAACAAAAAUUGUCAAUACCUCGAAGGACACUUGAAAUGUGCUUUGCACAGUUGUAAUCACCAGCUUAUGUGUGUUUUAGAAACCUGUGACUGUUGAUUGCUUGCCAGUCAUGAAUGGAGCGCUUGCGUUGCAAUUAUAGUCCUAUUGCGUCUAUGCAUUACCGGUACUUGAGUAAAAAUCAUGUAUAUAUAUGGUGUAGUACAUGUACUUUUCGCCAUCAUUUAGUUACAUAUAGCGGGGAGAGUUUUUAUUUUAUUUUUGCACAUUUACUCGACUGUAGCGCUGUAAUUAGAAUAUAUUAUCUAGAAAUAUUGAACUGAUUCUGUUCUGGUCUUAGGUAAUGAACGUAUGAAACACCUUUUUAUGUCCCCCACCACUAUAGUGGGGGACGUAUUGUUUUUGCCCUGUCUGUUGGUCUGUAAGUUGGUCUGUUGGUUUGGUCAAACUUGAACAUUUGCCAUAACUUUUGCAAUAUUGAAGAUAGCAACUUCAUAUUUGGCAUGCAUGUGUAUCUCAUGGAGCUGCACAUUUUGAGUAGUGAAAGGUCAAGGUCAUCGUUCAAGGUCAAAGGUCAAAUAUAUGGGUCAAUAUCGCUCAUUUAAUGUUCACUUUUGCAGUAUUGAAGCAAGCAAUUUGAUAUUUGGCAUGCAUGUGUAUCUCAUAUAUAUGGGGACAUAGUGUUUCACAAACACAUCGCAUGUUUUAUUUUGUUUCUUACUAAUAUUUUAGCAUCAAUGAACUUUGAAUUUGUAUAUUAAUCAUAAAAUAGUUAAAUAACUUGUUAUGUUACAUGUCAAACCGAAAAGGCGUUAAACUAUAUUAAGUGACUAUGUAAUUUAAAUUGUUGUCCGGUUAAAUUGGUUCGUAUGUUACCUAAAUAUUUGAAGAUUGUAACGUAAAAUUGUAUCUGCCCAUUCUGGGUAAAAUGCACUAUGAAUGUAAACACACACAUAUUAACUGUAGAGCUGUACUAAAUUACAUGUAAUGCACUUAAUAUUCUAUAUAAUAUAUUAAUCUGAAAAUAAAUAUAUCGGAACUCAUCAUCUGAAGUAAUGAUCUGAUAUUGGUGCAUAAUCUGUUUUAAGACCAACUAAAACAUAAUGAUUUUGCAAUAUUAUAGACACUUUCUUUUCUUAGAACCGUAAUCAAAUCAAAUCAAAUAUGUACCCAUACUUUCUUAACCUUAAUUCUAGAUGUGUGUGUUAUGCUUUCCGCUUUAGAACGGGAAUUGUUUAGUUGCAUAAUACAUUGUGGCUCUAUUCUCAUCAGUUAUAGUUGAUUGUAUCAAUAGAAAUGAACUUGAACUGUUAAAGUUGAAAUUUGUUUAUUUGUUAUUUAUUCUUUACAAUGUUUAGUUAAAUGCGUGUAUUUCACAUUAUCAAUAAACCAGCUUACAUAAAAUACAACA